UAUCUGUCUGACAUGAGUUCCGUGUGUGGAAGUUACUUCAGCGUGGAGCGCGCGUUCGUGGAGGGCUUCACGUGUCCCAAAGCGGACAAUGACGUUGCGGCACUUUUCUGCUGCGGGUUCAACGACUUGAAGUACUGUUGUGAUGACCCCAACAGCUUCUUCCUCUACAAGUAUGGAUACAUGUGGUGGUUAAGUUUCGGAGCGCUUGUUGGUCUCUCCAUAGCGUCUCUCUGUGUCCUCUGCUAUGUGGUCAUCACUAGUAAACCCAGAGAAUUGGACAAUGGGCUGGAGCUUCAAGCAACAACUGCAUCUCCAUAUCUACACAGCGGGAAACUUGCUACAGGAGACAAAAUGGAAAUAAGGCUGAAGAUGGGGCAUUUGGCCAGUAUACAAUCACAUUUGAAGUGCAACACACCCCAGCUAUACCCACGUAUUUGUUUUUCAUUGGACCUCUCCUCAGAAGUGUAGACACCGUCCAGCUCGACUCAAAUCUCUUACACUCAUGUACCAGCUGUUGCGGCUGAAGAACUUUAUCAAUUAGCUCGUUGAGUCAAGGGAUUUAUGAUGACUGAUGAAAAUGAUGCCUUGAGUUGUCAAAGUAAAACAAUAUAUUUAGAUAGCAUUAUUUAAAUUACUUGAAACAUACUGGGAAGGAACACAAGCGUUAAUACGCAUUUGCAGCCAAGCUCAACAUUAGUACCAAUGCAUUCCUGUGAGAUCUUUUGGACUACACGGCCUUUAGAUAAAAACAGUUGCAAUUUUUCCAUUUAAUGAGUUGGAAAAAUGCACAUUUUGCAAAAAUGUCGCUAGUAUGACGGAUCUGCUCCUUCCAAUGUUUGCGUCUCCUCACAUAGACCCUCAACUUGGGAAAACUUGUCUUCAAGCAUCCCAAGUCAAUGUCAGUUCAAGCUGCAUUGUAAGAGUUGAAAUUACAUCCUCAAGGCCAGUCUCCAUUUGUUUUUCUUAUGUUUUCUGGCGGAUUACAAUCAAUCCAUAAUGUGGCCGAGUUUAUUCACUCCCAACCAGGUGUUGGAAAUGCACCUAAUUUGUUUUUUUCUGCCAUAUUUCAGAUGUUUCAAGUUGGUUCAACAUUUACACAGCUAAUGUAAAAAGGAUUCUGAGAUAAUACUAGUUGGUUCAUUAGUGGUGAGCUGCAUGUCGAACAGCCUAUAGAUGUCCAAAGUGAUGAUCCAUCACAGCCUGUCACGCUGAACUUCAGUGAAGUGAAUUUCAUGUCUUCUAGGCUCAACAUUGUGUCCACAAAGACCAGGACCAAGCCUGUUGAGUGUGCCCGCUGGUCCUCAAGGCUUCAGGAAAUACUUUCUGAGAGGCAAACUGGAUUGUGACAUCCAGCCCCCCGACCCUGAGCGACUUUUCCAACCAUGUUUCGUGGCCACUGUGACAUCGAUCAACGUCGAUGGUCCUGCUUAGAAUGGCAGACUAUUUUACUUUUGGCUUGUGUAGUUGCUCAAAGGUAGCUCUGAAAUAUCUUGUGUGGCCUUCUGAAUGUGACAUGAAAUCUGUGCAUCAUAUCAUGCAUAUAUCAUUCUCUGUUUGAUUGAUGAACACAUUUACAUUCCGUAGCCUAUAUUUAAUUCACUACUCAAACACUGCAUCGAACAUGGCCACCCUGAAGAAGCACCUGUCAGGUUAGCAAAGACAACUUGUAGAGUUACCUGUUGCAUGGCAACCAGUGGCAUCUCACCAAUGACAGGAAUCAUAUAUAUGUCAAGGAGACCGAUCUGCCCAACAGCCUGACUCCUGAAAUCCUGUGAAAAGUAGUGAGGGUGUAACACAGGGAGGCUUUGUGGUAGCUCGUGAAAUUGCAUAGAGUAGUAAUAGAGAGUUAGCGAUAGACUGCUCAGUGAAAGAAAACCCCUCUUGAAAUCUAAAGGCUUGAGUACUGAUGCUUUGAGAUGUAUGGUUUUAACAGCGUGAUUGGACCGUCGGCCAGUGAGCCAACUAUGCUUGAGGUGGAACUUGGGUGACUCGGGUGUUACCUUGUAGCUUAACACACCUUUUUGCCCAAAAGGUGCUUGCUUCCUCACAGUCCAACCAAACUAUCCAGCUCACACAGUUUAGCCUCCAUCCAGGGAGCGGAGGUUAAGACUCCAGUGCCCAUUGAAGCCACUGCUCCUAUACGACUGUCUGGCUGUGCUCUUUCAAUGAGUCAUUGUUUAUGCAUACAUGUCAAGUGACCCCGUUUCGCUGCGGUGAUUAACCAAACAUUUUAGUCUUAAAAACUAGAAUGUUGGACGUAAAUUGUACCCACAUGCUUUCCGUCUUUGAUAUCCAAAGUCAAUCCAAUGCUCUGAAGAAACUGGUUUCACCAGGGCCCCUAGAUGAAAAAGUUCUGUUGUGCAUUACCAACACUAGGAUGAAGAUAUAUUAUUACAUUACAUACAUGUCAUUUAGCUGACACUUUUAUCCCAAGUCAGUUACAAUAAGUGCAUUUCAACCAUAAGUAUACAAACUCGGAAGAACGAGAAACAAGAUGCAAUUUCAUUAAACAAGCCGAUUUACAAAUUGCUAAGGACAAUACAGCCUGCAUCUCAUCCCCAACAUCUGCACCGGUCCGUGUUUCACUUUGAUGUUGCUGGAGCUUGUUUAUGCUGCAGAUUCCCAUGUGACUGUUUGGCUCAUUUUAAGAACGUUUGUGUAAAAUGUCCAUCUCUGUUCACUGCCAUAUUCUCGAGGUAAUUGAAGACCUCAGUAGCACAGCCACAUAUGUUUACUAUCAUUGUAUUAAUAUAAUGGUGUUGGAGAGAUCAAGUGCCUCGCUGAUAAAUUGAUGUUUUCCCAAAUUAUAAUUAAAGCUAUGUUUCACA